AUGGCUCCGAUCACUAGCAGCCGGGAAGAAUUUGAUGAAAUCCCCACAGUGGUGGGGAUCUUCAGUGCAUUUGGCCUGGUCUUCACGGUCUCUCUGUUUGCAUGGAUCUGCUGUCAGAGAAAAUCAUCUAAGUCUAACAAGACUCCUCCAUAUAAGUUUGUGCAUGUGCUAAAGGGAGUUGAUAUUUACCCUGAAAACCUAAAUAGCAAAAAGAAGUUUGGAGCAGAUGACAAAAAUGAAGUAAAGAAUAAACCAGCUGUGCCAAAGAAUUCAUUGCAUCUCGACCUUGAGAAGAGAGAUCUCAAUGGCAAUUUUCCCAAAACAAAUGUCAAAGCUAGCAGCCCUUCUGAUCUGGAGAAUGCAACCCCAAAGCUCUUUUCAGAAGGAGAAAAGGAGUCAAUUUCCCCUGAUAGCUUAAAGUCUAGCACUUCCCUUACUUCAGAAGAGAAACAAGAGAAACUGGGAACCCUCUUUUUCUCCUUAGAGUACAACUUUGAGAAGAAAGCAUUUGUGGUUAAUAUCAAGGAAGCCCGUGGCUUGCCAGCCAUGGAUGAGCAGUCAAUGACCUCUGACCCGUAUAUCAAAAUGACCAUCCUCCCAGAGAAGAAGCAUAAAGUGAAAACCAGAGUUCUGAGAAAGACCUUGGACCCACUUUUUGAUGAGACCUUUACAUUCUAUGGGAUCCCCUACACCCAGAUCCAAGAGCUGGCCUUGCACUUCACAAUCUUGAGUUUUGACAGGUUUUCAAGAGAUGAUAUCAUUGGAGAAGUCCUUAUUCCUCUUGCAGGCAUUGAAUUAACUGAUGGAAAGACGUUAAUGAACAGAGAGAUUAUCAAGAGAAAUGUUAGGAAGUCUUCAGGACGGGGUGAGUUACUGAUCUCUCUCUGCUAUCAGUCCACCACCAAUACUCUCACUGUGGUUGUUUUGAAAGCUCGACAUCUGCCGAAAUCUGACGUGUCUGGACUUUCAGAUCCCUAUGUUAAAGUGAACCUGUACCAUGCCAGAAAGAGAAUCUCCAAAAAGAAGACUCAUGUGAAGAAAUGCACCCCCAAUGCAGUCUUCAAUGAACUGUUUGUGUUUGAUAUUCCUUGCGAGGGUCUUGAAGAGAUAAGUGUUGAGUUUCUGGUUUUGGAUUCCGAAAGAGGAUCCCGAAAUGAGGUGAUCGGGCGGUUGGUCCUGGGAGCAGCAGCAGAAGGAACCGGUGGAGAGCACUGGAAGGAGAUCUGUGACUAUCCCAGGAGACAAAUCGCCAAGUGGCACAUGCUCUGUGAUGGUUAG